UAACCAGUCGACCAGUUGGCACAUCUUCAUCGGCGGCGCCGGACCCGAGUGAUUACUCUCCGCCUGAUGCGGCCAGCAUCAGUCUGUCGGUGACCAGCGCGAGGACCGGAGCAGUGGCCGAGUGGGCGGCGAGCAGCUGUGCGAGACUGAGUGAGCACCGCGCGAGGCAGGUCCGGCCGGCCAGUGCGGGGCGAUGGAGAUCCGGGUGGAGUGCGUGGCCGGGAUGGAGGAAGGCGACUCGCCCGCCUCGCCCCGCGGGGAGCGGCCGCCCAGCCCCUGCGAGAGCGAGAUCAGCGUGGGCUGUGAGGGCGAGGCGCGCCAGGCCCAGCCCUCCCCCAUGGACAUGACCACCCACGCCGACACUUCUACUGAGGAUGAGGAAACGGAACCUCGGUCGCCCUCCACCUCAAGGGGGGCGCCGUCCCCUACGUUAUCCUCGGGUUCCCUCCACACAGAGUCAUUCACCUACCUCUCCGACGACGAGUACUUCAGGCCGCUCAAGAGGCUGGCCAUGUCCGGCACCUCCCCGCCACCCUCUAGAGAACCACUUUCGCCCCAGCGGGACCAGGAGCCUAAGGCCUCUUCUCCGUCGCCUUCACCGGAGCCAGAGGAGCCCCAGGAGCCGCAAGAGGCCGGGGCACUGGCUGGUCGGGGCGAGAUGGCGGGAGGCGACCAGAAGCAGGCGGCAGGGCUUCGCUCCUUCUCUAUACUAGACAUUCUCUCCUACAAACCAUCCCGCCGAAAGUCCUCCAUCCCCGUGAAGAUCGUACGGCCGUGGGACACGCGGGAGGAGGCGGCGCCCGAGCCUCACGCCAAGCCUGCAAGCCAGAGCGAGAAGAAGGGCGGCGCCAACGACAAGGGCAGCGCGCUGGACGCCCUCUUCAAGAUGACCAACAAGACACUCGACAACCUCAACAAGGACGAGAAGACAGAUGCCGUCAAUCUCUUCAACAACAGGCAGCCGCCUAAGAAGAAGAGAAAGAGCCGCACCGCCUUCACCAACCACCAGAUCUUUGAGUUGGAGAAGCGGUUCCUCUACCAGAAGUACCUUUCGCCCGCUGACAGGGACGAGCUGGCGCAGAGCCUCGGCCUGAGUAAUGCGCAGGUGAUCACGUGGUUCCAGAACAGACGGGCGAAACUGAAGCGGGACAUGGAGGAGCUGAAGCGGGACGUGGAGUGUACUAAGGUGAUCUCUUCGAACAAAUCCCUCCUGGAGGCGGCGUCAGUCAACGUGGCGGCGCUACUGAAGGUUAAGGACUUCCCCAGGAUACCCAUCACGUCCCUGCCGCAGCAAUAGGGUCACGCCCAUCCCGUUGCCAACCCUGAAGAUGUCCUGGCGCGCCUAGGGAUCCGCUCCGCUGCGUUCCCAGGGGUUCCGCGUCGCAUAGCAGGGGACGACGGGAGGGAGAAGGCGCCCAUACGUCUGGUGUUUCCUUCCGUGAGCGAUAACUGACAUAGGACAAGGUCGUCUACCGAAUAACACCCCGUCAAGAGAGAGAAACGCUUAGUAACCCGCAGUGGACGGUCUUAAGUACGGAACACGAAAAGAGUGUCUGUUACGUCAGUGUUUGUGUCCUUUCAUGUACUGGGCGAGGUGGAGACAGACUGACGGGUGUGUGUGUGCUGCGUCUGUCCUUUCGCCUUUCAGUAAAUGGACGCAGUGAGGCUGAAGGAGAGUUAAAUGUGAAGCAUGGUCGGAGUGAAAGCUGUGUCUCUCCGCCAUGGGACAAAUCGCAGCGGUGAAAGUACUCAAGGAAAAGUACCGCACGUAAAACAAGGCGAAGUGAUGGAAGGUACACGGGCAAUUAUGAUGAUGCACGGCGAGUAUAAGGACAGCAGGAAGACGCGUCGGAAAUGAGUUGAGUCAAUAUUAGUGAAAGACAAACAUGAUAAUGAAGAAGGAUGGAGGAUACUUGUGUUAUUAUGUCUGUAUGUAAAUUCAGAGAAAGAAAAAUAUCACACACAACACACACA